UCAACUUCGAAUUUUUUAUCCAUUACCGACUUCUAAUAUCUCACUAGUUUUCUUAUUUACCACUAAGUAUUUGAUUUUUUAUUUCCACGCAUAUUUAGUUUAAUUUUAAUUAUAAAAUAUGUGUAAUAAUGAGUUGCGAAUUGAUGGCUUACCCAAAAAUCUCUCUAUACUCAAGCUUACCAAACUAUUAAAUCGUUAUAACAAGUCGUGGGAAUUAGAAGAUCUAAUACCUUUGGAAGAGUAUAUAAUAGCUAAUAUCUGUUGUAAAACAAAGGAGUCAUAUGAUUGUUUUCUUAAGUUACCUGAUUUAGUGCCAUUUUCUACGUUUCCUAAUAUACGCGUCUAUAAUGCAUCGCUAAUCCCCAAUUAUGUUGAGCAAAAUAAUCCCGAUUAUGCACCAAAUGAUAGCAUUUUCAAACUAAAUUCGGAUUGCUUGCAGUACGUCUUUGAAAAAUGCUCUCUUGGUGACCAAAUCACAUUUGCCAAAGUUUGUCGUAAAUUUCACAAAGUCAUCAUCGACAUUUUCAGUAAGAAAUUUGAUGCAAUACUUUUGUCCCACCCUACUUUUACGACGGAUUUGGCCCUAACUGAUCAAGAUAUUUGGGAUUUUUCAAUACUAAGCGGUCCAUAUGUACGAACUAUAGAAUUCAGCACUUUAUUUGCAUUGAACUUCAUAAAGGAAGUUAUCCAAAGCAAAACGGAUAAUCUAAUAGAAAAAUGCAGAAAGCAAAUUAAUAUCUGGUUCUGUCGGCAUUUAAUACAUUUUCCGCAUGUGCGUCAAGUUGAAGUACUAGGAUUCUUUUUUCUUGAUUUUACGGCUCGACAAUUGGCACGUUAUUGCCCACAACUGCGUCAAUUUCAAAUAUUAGACAUAAACACACGAUCGCUUUCAGGUAAAAACUUUCAUCUUUUUCGUCAUUUGGAAGUACUCGAACUGCCGCUUUGCACGAGUCUGGAGCCAAAAUAUAUGCUUAAGAUUUGUAAAAAACUGAAGUUAAAGGAAUUAUAUAUUGUUGAGAAUAGACGACUGAUGUAUGCGCCUAUUUUAAAGCAGAUGUUUGCUUUGCAAUUCUCAUCAUUGACAAUUCUUUGGAUAAGUGCUCUUGCAGAUCAACGGGUGGUAUCCGCUAUUUUAGAGCUACCACAUUUGGAAAAAUUGAAAUUUUAUUGGAUAGAUAAUUAUGUGAGUUUUGAAAAAGUGCUAUUUAAGGAACUUUUACGUCUACGCCAAAAUUCAUUGUUUGCAAUGGGCUGGGAAAGUGAGCCGCCCUUUUUGAUGAAUGAAUCGUUUGUGAAUUGGGAUCCGUACGAGUAUGAACUGAGGCGUGAGGAAGUUUCUAUUAAUGGCUGUGCUUGGAAAUGUUUUGCAGAUUAUCCAGAGUGGAUAAAUUUGUUAACCGGUUGCACCAAACUCGAAACAAUGAGCUUCCUCUAUAGCCGUAUUCUAACGAAGGAACAGAUUUUGGCAUUACCAAGAAUGUGUAAGACAUUGGAAAAUGUUCAAAUUGUUGGCAGUCGUCAAGAGUUUGAUGAUGACGUCUUGAAAGAGUGGAAGGAGCAAACGAGACCCAGCUGUCAGUUAUGCAUUGAAGGUAUCAACUGGUGUGAGGUGAAGGCACUGGAAAACAAAGAACAUGCUGAAAGAGAUCGACUUUAUCGCAGCAUACGAUGCAAUUUCAAAUAAGCACGCAAUCAGUUCCAGAAAUAUUAAAAUCCGAAUGCAGGCAAUGCCACAAACUAUUUUCCAGAUUUAUAUACAUAUAUCACUGAGCUGCAAUGAAUGUACAACAAAAAUUUAAGCAGCAGCUUAACCAAAUGCUCUCAUUGUUAUGUCUGCCAUAUAAUUAUUGUUAUUGUAUUUAUUAUAUCUUUAUAUUGUUAUUUAUAUUUUAUAAUUUAUGUUUGAAAAUGUUGAAAAUAUGUUUAUUUAUUAAAUUAUUCCACACUGAGAAGAAACAAAAUA